AUCCUUGCGCCCCAUUAACUGACGUUGGUCUCACACGGACUGCCUCAUAGAAAGAGAAAAAAGAAAGUCUGCCAUCUAUCGCGAAAAAUAAUCAAAAAAAUCUAAAAAUCAAAAACAAAAAAAAAGUGGGCUUGGCGUUACAUGAUGACCUCCUCGGAUAAAGAGCCCAUUGAGACAGGCUUUCAAGAACCUUCACUACUGUCGCCACUUCAACCUGAAGGAGAAGCUCCGCAGAUGAUCGUUAACCACCACCGCCAGUUAUCGAUACAAGCAAAGGGUGUUCCGAAAGACCAUUCAACUGAUGCUGUUACAAAAGCAGCAACGCUCGGUUUCGCUGGUGUUGGACAUGAGGAUUACAUAGAUGAGAUCAACCAUGAAGAAGACAUAGAACACGUUGAAGGAUUCUAUGAUGAUGACACGACUUCCGAGAACGAGUUGCGACAGGCGAGCAUGGUUGCUUGGGCUGAAACAUCAGGAAAUGGCAGCGAUGUCAUUGCUCAAAGCUCGGAUGACUAUGGUGAUGACAUGGACGAUGGUCAAGACGAUGAGGAUGAUGAGCUUGAAGACGAUGACGACAACCUCUCAGAAGAUACAGCCGACACUGAUGAUUUAGUUGAAAACCAAGGAAAGAACGACCACCACUACAAUCGACCUAUUCAUCAUGGUCCAUACCCCAAAUCUCGCCGGCAGGUCGAACAAUUUAGAAGGAAUCAGAAUCGAACGAGUGUUUUGAGGAAAAGUCGUUUAAGGUUGCGGACAAUCUCCAGUGCAGGCACACAUACGGAUUCAGCUGCAAAACCAGGUAUCAACAGUGUCUUAAACCAGGAUGGAAUUUCAGAAGAUUCCCCAUCUCGACAGGCUUUUGUCCAGACAUGUGAUGAUGUCGCGCUUAUGCUUCGCCAAGGUCCAUUGCAGCACGGCCUUGAGAUCAUAUAUCGGUGGAUCACACAUGCCAUAGAUCGGAGGAGAUCAGGAGAGAUACCACCAGGCUGCCUUCAGACUGCCGAACAAUUACAGCUUCUUGAAGGCAUUUACUUUUCAACGUGGGCGAAGGAGCUACUUGAACGAAGGCCUAGCUCCAACAACAGCCCAAUCGUAUUGUAUUUGAAAGCCUAUCUUCAGCUUGGUAGUUUGAUCAUUCAGCAAGAUAACACGCUCCCAGAACCAUACGCUCAAAUUAUGAGUGCUAUGUUUGAACAGGACUACUUGGAAGUCCACAAAAGAAACUCCAAGCGUCCCUCUCGGCUGAUGCAUUUGGAAAGGAUUUCGCACUUUGACGUUUACUCGACUGAAUAUCCACCUGAGGAUGAUGAAGUACCUCAAUUACAGCAAGACUUUCAAAGAUCUUUUUCCAUUUUUGGAGGGCUAGAAGCAUGUAUUCAUGCGAUUGAAGUCCACAUGGAAAGCUCAGAGUGUGCUGAAGUAAAGCUACGGAACUUACUGCUGUUGCUCGGUUUGGUAUCCAGAAUCCCUGUGUCUGCUGGAGAUUCCGAUCAAUCUCAGUUUUCCAAACUCACUGGAUACUCAAGACGCCUAAUGACGACCGUUCUAGGAUAUUUCCCCGAUCAUAACGACAGUUUUAGAUCAAUGAGUAAAGCUUCUGUUCAGGAUGUCAUCUCAUUUGUGGGGAUUUUUUUGCUUGAAAACUAUCGCAUACAAGCCCAUCAGUCACAUACAAAUCAGGAAAUUGAUGAAGGAUACGAAGAUUUUGAUCCAAGCGACCCAGUUUCCCGAUCUAACCUUGGCGAGGUCAAGUUCGCAGAUUUCAGACUUGAAAUGGCUGUCAGGUUGAUGAAAACCAGCCGCCUAGAUUUGAGACUUGCAGGCUUGGCAGAACUUAAGGAAGUACUUCUCAGGAUCCAGCGGUUACAGCAUGGUAGGCCACGCUUACGCAGACGUUCAGAUACAGACAUGGAUGCGCAUAUGGAUACAGAUAGGAAGCCAAUCGAGCAUCUCUGCUUAAGAUUGCAAAGUAUGAAUAUCGUCGCAUGCAUUUUUGGCUCCAAUAUUCAUCUGGAGAUUGUUCAGAGGAGCACAGAUGUACUGGUGUUCAUGGUGCAUGCACGUGUACUUACUGCCAAUGAUAUUGAUCUGAUUUGGGCAGCAGCUGGUGAAAAUCAACAUCGAUCGAUUGUCUAUGGCGUCUACCAAGUUUUAGGCGAACUCAGCAGUAAACUUCCUCAUGAUUUCCUGAAAAGCCUCUUCCAAAAGUUGCAGGCGGUUCAUUUAGCAAAUUGGGAUCAACAAUUGUUAGACCUCUCCCGAUCGCUUUUCAAUGCUAUAGUUCAGCGCUCGAGAUCCGGACCAGAAGAUGGUUCCAUCUCCUUGAUACCAUAUGAGACGCUCCUGAACGUCCUGAGAAACUCGACUCCGUCGCUAAAUACAAGAGAAGAUCCUUCGUUGGUCUCCGUCCCAAGUAAUCGAGACGUCAUUGGCGGUAUUGCAUAUCUUCUUAAGGAGGGUCUUGGAGUAGGUCCAUCGCCUCAGGACUGCGCACAUCUUAUUGAAUUGUGCAUACAGGACUUAAAAAAAAAUCACCCUGGAGCAAUUUGGAGUUUACAGGUUAUACAGAGCGUGUUUGAGAGCCAUUUCCCAAAUGGUGAAAACGAAGGACUGUUAUUUUAUGAGCAAUCCUGUGCUUCACUGUCAGACCUCUUCAUCGCCAAUCUAAAAGCCUAUACGUUGGCUCUGAAAACACUUCCUCCAACUCCAAGUCCGACAGUGUCUGCCUUUUUGCCGUUAUCUACGCUUCAAAACUCUCAAGACUAUUGGCGAGGACAGCAACUCAAAAUAAGGCUUGAUUUUCUAAAAGUGAUGGCACGGCUAUACCCAGUCUACUGGAACUCUUCAGAUUUGGCAGACACUCUUUGGAGUAGUCUCAUCGUUGAUCCUAUAGGCAUCCAGGAACAGGAUGAGGCUUUUAUCUGUCUGGAGUCCAUGAAUGAGCCCCAUUUUGUCGAGUAUGUAUACGAGAAGUUACUCCCUACCCUUGAGAUUGCCAGAAUCACUCAGAGAGCAUGGCACUGUGUGCAGCGCUACUUCCUUCUUCUUAAUUGGAAUAAAGGGAAACUUAUAGCGAGUGACAUGUCGAACGAUAACUCGCCAGCGUUUGUAGUCCUUGCUUCACUCUAUGGGAUGGACUUGAUUUGGGAAAUUGCUUUGCAUGCACAGACGCCUACUGUCGGCACGUAUGCGAUUGAUUUCUUAUCAUCUUUGAUAAGGGCGCAUCCUCGACAAAUUGAAAGCCCCGUGCCUGAAGAAAUUUACAAAUUUCGCGAAGGACUUGUUGAAACGUGCGUUGACCAUCUGGUCAAAUCCUCAGAUCAAUUGAGCAGUAGUGACAAUAUGAAUAUGUUGGAUGUUUCACUUGUGUUUGAACGGUGUAUCGGUACUUUAAAAGCAUUUUUGAUGGCUUGCAGUUCAGAAAGAGUUGAUAGUGCAGCAAGACCUGAGAUGCAUGGAACACUAGAUGAAGAAGCCAUGCUCACUAUCAGGGUUAACUCAGGAAUAAAUUUUCAAGUGUCCGUUCACCCUUCAGGGACUUUGGCUUCACUAAGGCGCGCCGUUGCCAAUAAACUUCAUUGUAGUGAUCAAGAGGAAGUCCGAUUGUUCUCGCUCGGUAAAGAUUUUUCAAUGGCGUGGGACGGAAGAACACUGGAAGAGCUGCAAGUUGAGAAUGGCCAGUCAUUCCUUGCGUCCAAGCGCACAAUACCUUCAACCUCAACACACUCUGUCGAAACAGAUAAGAAGUUGCCCAUAGAUCUUUUACUGAUGCCUGACUUCUUUGAAAGAGUGCGUCAAAUUUUCUUAUUGGACGAAAAGUAUGCUGCGCAAGCAUGGGAAGUCGUAAUUAGGCUUCCUACGAGUCCUGUUCUGAUUCGUUCGUUCGAACAACUGCAGGACGGUUUGGAUUGGACUACGUUGAUGGAUGCGCGGUCUCCAUUUCUCUUGCUUUACUCGUUACAGAUUAUCAACUCAAUGGUCAAGCGAGACCAGGGAUCUCAGGAUCAAACAAAUCAACAAUGGAUAAGGCGUUUCGUAAAUCUUGGCGGUCAGAAAUACUUGACAACACUGUUAAUGUCUGAUUCAGGGCUUGGUGCGACAAAUUCCAGCCUCACGUCCCGUAAAGCCUUGGCCUUGAUGUUGAAAGUUUUGGUCCGCCUUACAAACUCAUCUGAAACCGAAUUCGGUCGUGCGACAGAUACAGAUGGGGUUACAGCUGCUACGUUCUUAAACAGAUUGGUUUCUGAGAUAUUGACAUCUGCUUCACGUGAAGAUGGUUCCAAUCCCAACGAUCAGAGUAUUGUUCUUAAUGCUGCGACUCUCAUCUCACAUCUAUGCACCGGACCCAUGGGGUGGCAUCAUUUCCACACUGGGCCUGAUGUUCGCUCCUUGAUUUUCAUUUCUAUGGUCCAGAGCGACUCAACACCUAUCCGAGAGACUGUAUUAGAUAUGGGUCGAAGGUUCUGCUUACAAGUUAGGGACAUCCAACCUUCAGAUGUACCACCGGUCAUGUUUUUCCUGGACAUAAUCCAGUCAUUCUUACCAGUCUCGAAAGAGUAUGAGGGCAAUUGUUCUGAGCUCUUCGAGUUUUUUGAGAUCAUUGCAAGGGAGGCGAUUCAUUAUUGCACAGAGGAAUAUUACAGUGCUUUAUACUCAAGACUUUUGAGAAUCAUCAUGGAGCAUCCGUCAUCAGAAGAUAUUUCAUUAUCAAACGAGGAUACUGUCCUGCUUGGAAUGCUCAAAGUAGCGACGGCUAUGAUCAGCACGGAGCCGAAGUUGAAGCACCAAGUCGUUGAUUUUACAGUCAUCGACUAUAUUUUUGACGAGUGUCUUUUCCCACAGUCGCCCAACGCUCAAUCAUUGGACCAUCCUACGAUGCCAACCAUGGCUAAAUGUCAAAGUGAGGGAUCGCGAUCUGCUGCUUUUGGGUUAUUGGAGGAGUACGCUCGUGGAGAGCCAGAAAUCCUGCGCCAUGUUAUCACAAAGACUCGUCUACUGUUUGAUCGAGGUUUAGAAAUGGAGGAUCAGUGGGGGUACGACCCUCAGUUGACCAAGAGGGCUAGCUGUGGAUUCGUUGGACUUCAGAAUCUUGGGGCAACAUGCUAUGUAAAUUCCCUUAUGCAACAGUUUUACAUGAACAAGGAGUUCAGAUAUGGAAUAUUAGAUGCCCCAAUCGAUGAGAUGGAGGCAGACAAACACGACACAUUGCUUUAUCAGCUCCAGGUUUUAUUUGGCAACCUUCAGGAGAGUAUUAGGCGAGCAUAUAAUGCAUAUGGUUUUUGUUACGCUUAUAAAGAUUGGGAUGGCAACCCAAUGAAUGUAGCAGUGCAAAUGGAUGUUGACGAGUUCUUCAGCAUUCUGUUCGACCGCCUCGAAAACAGCGUGAAGAGUACACCACAAGAAGAGCUGUUUAAGAAGCAGUACGGCGGUAAACUGGUUCAACAAAUCAAGUCUAAAGAUUGUGAGCAUGUUUCACAACGAGAGGAUAGCUUCUUCUCAAUACAAUGUGAAGUCAAGAACAAGAAGUCUCUAGAAGAAAGCCUGCAGCUGUAUGUUCAAGGCGAGAUUCUCGAUGGAGACAACAAGUAUAAAUGUUCAAGCUGCGACAAACAUGUGGAUGCUAUCAAGCGAGCCUGUAUCAAAGAGCUACCACAAAAUUUGAUUCUACAUCUCAAACGAUUCGAUUAUGACAUGGACACCAUGCGAAGGAUCAAAAUUAAUGACCACUUUGAGUUCCCCAUGCGACUUGAUAUGGAGCCAUAUACGCUCGAUUAUUUGGCACGGAAAGAGCAAGUUCAAGAAGGUGGUUCCGCAUCACCGUCAACACAGCCCAUUUCGGGGAAUAGCAAUGCAGCCGCCUUUCAGUAUAACCUCGUUGGCGUUCUUGUCCACACUGGGACCGCUGAUUCGGGACAUUAUUAUUCUUACAUCAAGGACAGAGAAAGAAAUAGCUUUGGAAGUGAGAAUGAACGAUGGUAUUUCUUCAAUGACUCUAGAGUUGAAGAGUUUGACCCAAGUGACAUUCCCGCAAAAGCUUUUGGAGGUACAGAGUUCAUUCCAAUGGAUGCGUCGCCUUAUCUCAAGUCCCAAUCACGAUCAACCACAAAACCCUACAGUGCAUAUAUGCUGUUCUAUGAGCGAUCAGAUAUUGUACCUUCAGCAUCAGAUAUUGUGUCUUCAGGAGUUGUACCUGCUGACAUUAGGCAUGGUGUCAUCAAGGAGAAUACUUCUUUGUUAAAAGACUUGGCAGUAUUUGAUCGCCAAUAUUAUCGAUUCGUGUGGGACCUGUUCAACCUGUACAAAACAACCUCAACACCGGUCGGGAAUGGCGAUAGCGCAACAGAUUCGCUUGAUUUCCUAUCGAUGCAGUAUGGGCUGGACUUUUUCUUUUAUGUCCUAAUCCAUGCCCGUGAUGUUGAUCAAGAGCUUCAGCAGUGGACACGGUUCUUGCCAUCGCUGCUUGUACUCUAUCCUAGUAAAUGCGCUACAUUCAUACGAAGCUUGGCGGAUAACCAGACGCUCCUGGCGAGUGUUCUCUUGGCCUGUCCUAUUACACAAGUUCGUGAGGCAGUCAUUGAUCUCAUUUACGAAGCACUGCAUGGUUUGCGAGGGGAAAGUAGACAUGACUAUGGACUAAUUGAGUGGGCGAAUUUUAAGACGAGUGAGAUGGAAACUCAGGUGGCAGAUAGAGACAAGAGCAAUGGCGAUGGUUGGAUGUGCGCACAAGGAUCACCUAUUUGUAGGCUCAUCACAACUCUACUUCAAAUACUUCCAGAGGCGCGUGCAAACUGGAGGAAUUUUGACGAGUACUUCAAGCUCUUAUACAACAUCACACAGCUGGGCCGGGCAGAGCGAAUCUUUAUGGUGCGUGAAGGGUAUAUCUCAGAGCUGAUUGACCUAUAUACCUACGAUGAGAGAAACGACUCGAAGAAAAAGAAGAUGGGCGAUAAAUUCACUAAACCAUCCUUCCGUUACUUGAUCCUAACUGUCCAUGAAUUGGUUACUACCUGUGAUGUAAUCCGAUCAUACGAAGCUCUUGAGCGGGACCAGGAACAGCGAAUAGCACAUGGCCGAAGUGGUAGCCAAGUGUCCCGGAAAUCGUCAACUUCAUCUGCAUCAACAUCGUCAGCCACUUCAAGCCUAAGCUCAGAGGAUGUCAAUGAGGAUAUUGUGCGUGAUCCUAAUGAGUCACCGGAGCUAGAUAAUAUCGCAAUAUUAUCGCGAGCAGAUCUUAACGCACUCUUUUCAUCCCAUGCACCGCAUGGGAACCCCGAGCGCUCGCCAUUUUUAAUCUCGAAGAUGAUUCAAGAUCACAUUGACACAGCUAUUAUUGCCAGGCUAGUGAGUCACCUCUCUAGUCACCAUGGUCUAGGUAACCGCCUCUUAGGAUCACUCUCGACUGCCUUAAACUAUGCCAACGAGGACCAAUUUUCAGUUAUAAUACAGAUCUUUAAAGAACUGGUGCUAUUUGAAGAUGAUCAACUCGAGAACCGAGUUGAGUUUAUCCUCAUGCAGCUAGUCAAGGUCCUUGAUCAUACACCUCAGCAUUCAGUAGCGUAUGAUUGUCUCGAUUUCUUCCGUACAAUCUCAGAUUAUGGCCAAUGUGGACGAUUGGCGCAAGCAUGGUUACUGCGGAAUAGCCGAGCAUGGCUUCAAGAGCUGCUACUAAUGCAGAAUGAUUCAGAGACGCGGUUACGUGCACGCUUAUUCUAUAUGGAACUUUUAAGCUCAGAACGUGCAUUUAAUGGUUGGAAUGACCAGGAAGCAGCAGAAGCACAGACGCGACAUUUCGAAGAACUCUUGCAAUUAAUGGGGGCCAUCCCUGAGUUGUUGGCUUACUAUCCAGAUCAUAUGAGGAAAGAUGAUGAUCCUGACGGAUGGAAACUUGUAGAGUACUUCAAAGCGUUGACAGAACUAGUCCGGAGUGACGCUGAAAGGAUUAAGUUUACUCCAAGCUGGAAGUUGUUUAUUGACAUUCUGUCAAAGAUUGACUCAGAACAAAUCAAACUGGACUAUGAUAAGAAGGAAAUGAUGAUCUUCUGGGAAAAGAUCAUGACUGAAAACCAGGAAUUGAACAUGCGACUAGCAUCCUAUAAACCAUUGGGCACGCUACUUCGAAAGUUUUUUGUGUGUCUUCAGCCCAACCCAACCAAUCUGCAAUUUCACCGGGAAACCCUUCCUAUAUACUUUGGUCUCGUACUUCGCUUUAGCAGGCUCCAACCUGCUUUUCAUACCGAAUGGGUGCAUUGUCACAACUUCACUUGGGCCCUUGGUGCAAUGAAGUGGGGAGUCUUCACUCAAUAUUGCCCUAGGGAGCUUGAUGAGCUACUUGUCUUUACACUUUCAGAAUUUCCUCCUUACCGACAAGAGUGUUGGAGAGCGUUGUCUGCGCCAGAUACCCCAAGAUUCUACGCUCAGUUCAUGCAGAUCGCUCGAGCGAUGUUCGAAGCUGAAAAUGAAAUGGCUGGCGCUUUGUUUUAUCAGCAUCGCGGCCUCGUGCAUUUGACUGAGAUAAUUCAAAAAGGCGACCAGCCCGAAGCAAACGAGGAUGAGUUUUUUGCUGUUGAUGCUCUCGUGCUUUUGAGCGACUACCUUUGCCGAAUGACUGUUUGCCGUAACACUGCAGCAUUUGCAGAAGCUAUGGACCAUUGGAGCAACAUCUACAUCGCUAUCAAAAUACUUAUGGGUAAUUUGAUGUGGACAGCUCCUUUUAAUGUGUAUACAGCCUCGGUCACAAUUUUGACCGUGAUUGCGAGUGAGGCUACAGAGUCUCAGGCGGCGUCAAUCUUGGAUCUUUUGGAUAAAGCACACCAUGAAUUACGGGAUAGUGUAUUGGAAGCGGAAAUUCAAACAUGUUUUGGAGGGCCUAACUCUCCAUAUACUCAAUAUGGAGUACUUGAAUCACGACCAGCCAUUCCCAAUGUGCGCUCGCCCCCUAUGAGGAUAGGUCCUCUUAUCGUGAUGCACUCGGAGCUGUACAAACGUCUCGGUGAUACAGCUGCUAAACAGGUGUUGGAUGAAUGGUUCAUGCCUUACUGGACAAUGGCCCGAGCAGCAUGUAGUCUAGCUGAUGGCCAUGAGAAUCAGAAAAAAUCCAUUGACCUAGCUGCUCUAAUGGCUCUAGAGCAACUUGAUGUGGGCUGCCUUCUUCAUAUGGAUGUUUUAUGUGAGGCCAUAGUCAACGCUGAUAACGCUGAUAAACUGCUACUGUUUAAGAAUUCCAAUGUGGCGCUGUUCAUGAAGCGAUUCCUGAAGCGUGAAAAAUAUCUUACCAGUCUGAACGAAUCUUCUCGGCUGAGCGCUUGUGCAUUGCUUUUGAAGGCUAUUGAUUUGGAGCAAUCAUUUCGAAAAUCCAUCGCAGACGAAAGCUUUACCAAAGCAGAACAUGUUUUAAAAAGGAUCGUAGUCCUUGAGGAGUCCCAAUCAGGCUACAAAGAUCAACAACAGGCUAGAGACAGCGAUAUGAACAGUGAUAUGGACAACAACAACGGCCCUCCUUUGGCUCCUGAUCAAGAUUGUCAAGACCUUAUUAUUGCCUUACAAAACAUUGUAAUUCUCGAUAUUGAUGCACGUGAUGAGAUUUCAGAAGACUCUGCUCGUUUAAGGCGAUUACAGGAGAAUAUCUAUGAAGCUCUACCUCGAGUACCAGAAAAAUACAGCUCUAGCAUGUCAAGAUUCCUGCCGGUACCACCAACAACAACGUCAUCUAAUGUACUAAAACCUGUAGAGAAUCAAGAUGCGAGUGGGAACAAUAGUGGAGCAGAAGAUCCAAGUGUUAUGACUGGGAUUACUGGAUAGGCCCCUCAUCUUGAUGAAGAGCUGGCAACAGUGAUGGAGAAGAAGGCUACUGAGCCGACAGAAUAACAGUACUUUUAGUUGAAUUAAUGCAUAGUGGAGUUAAUCAGUUUUUCAUAUGUAC